CCUCUCGGCUGUCGGCAGCAAUUUCGAUCGAAACAGUUCAACACAGGCAAGCAAACAGCUCAGAACGAAGUGCGUCAACGCAAAUCGAAGUGUUUUAUUUUUUUUGGUCAAUUUAGUCGACGACGAGUGCGCUUAGCGUCAUCUGCCCAACAACAAAAGGACACACACAAGCAAACCAAACCAAACCAAACCACAAACAACAAACUAAAUAACCACAAAAAUGUCUGAUCGCAAAGCCGUCAUCAAGAAUGCUGAUAUGAGCGAGGAGAUGCAGCAGGAUGCUGUUGAUUGUGCGACACAAGCCUUGGAGAAGUACAAUAUUGAAAAGGAUAUUGCGGCUUAUAUCAAGAAGGAGUUCGACAAAAAAUACAAUCCCACAUGGCAUUGCAUUGUGGGUCGCAACUUUGGAUCGUAUGUGACACACGAGACGCGCCAUUUCAUAUACUUCUAUUUGGGCCAAGUGGCCAUUUUAUUGUUUAAGAGCGGUUAAAGUAUUGUCGAGUCGGAUGAAGUGGUGGUCAGGAGGUUGGAGGAGCAACAGCAACAGCAACAUCAGCAUCAGCAAAAGCAGCAGCAGCAACAGUUACAAUUAGAGUUGGCUGAUGCGGCUGCUGUUGCUGCUGCUGAGGCUGAGGCUGCUGUUGCCGCCGCACAGAGGAGAGAGCAGGAGGAACAGCUGGCGGAUGCGGAAGAUGUUGAAAUGGAGAUGGAUGUGGAGCAUGAGGAGGAGGAGCAACAACAACAACAGCAACAACAGCAACAGCAGCAGGCAACAACAGCAGCGGUUGUUCAUCA